AUGGUAAGUUAUAUGUGGUUCAUAAUGCAUAUUUCUAUUUUUUAAAAAAGUUGCAUAUCCCACAUUUCUUCAAGCAGUUCAAAAUGAUAUACAUCAGGAAUGGGGAACUAAAAGUCCCAUCCAUUCCAGCCAGGAUGGACUGGGGUCUCAGGGAUGAUAGGAUUUGUAUUCCAACAACAUCUGGAGGUUUACAGGUUUCCCAUCGCUGAUGUAUAUGAUUCUCAUUUUUAGCCUCACAACAGUCCUAUGAGGUAGGAUAGACUGAGAGAUAAUUGUUGUCCCAUGAUCACCCAGUGAACUUUGUGGCUUAGUGUGGAAUUUCAACCAGGACCCCUACUCAUAGUCGAUGACACUAGCCACUGUGCAACACAGUUAGCUCAUAGAGGCAAUUCAGGUUAAUAUCUGUUGUUUGCCCCCAUUAAUAAAAUUAAGGAAAAUUUGUAUUUGCUUGGCUCAACUCUUAGAUUCUUUUUUAAAUUAACUAAAUGAUAUAUGUAUUUAUGACUUGAAUUUUUUUUACAAAAACUGAAUGAGAAAGCUGAAGCCAAUUAUAUUCCUUUAUAUUUAUCUUUGUAGCACUUUAACAGCUUUUGACUGCUUGAAAAGCUACUGGUUAGCUCUUAACUCUGUUACUACAAAAACAAUUUAUCACCAAGUCCCUAUGAAAUUAAGCAUCUGCUUUUGAAAAACAGUUUGUAGCAUGAUUAUAUGGACAAACAGAGUUUGGUGUUCUUUGCAAAACUGGUCAUUACUUUGGCUUUUCUCUUUUUGUGUUGUGAGAGUUUGAAAGACUUUGAAGUUCACUUCAACUUUGUUUCCUAGCUGCAUCCCUGCUUUUUUGCUUUUGCUUUUUCCAAAUCAAAGAGUGCUUGAGCUGCUACCUAGUUUCACAAAUAUGAAGUUGCAUAACACAUUUGAAGCUCGCUGGCUUCAAAUUUAAUUGCACAUUGGUGCAGCUCAUUAGGAACUAGCUAUUUGACUAUUGGGAAUGUGUGAAAUCCCCUUAAGUAUUUGAAUUACAUAAAGUUGCCUUUUUCACCCAAGCAAUAACGUUUUGACAAAACUGCAGGAAGUGAGUGGGUUCAAGCUUUGAUGUUCCAUUGUUUUAAGUCACUUAUCAAGUUUCUUGGGCCAGAGGUUGGCCCUUUAAAAAAACAAAACUCAGUACAGCUGGCACAGAUAAAUCACAAGCUUUUUUUGCUAACUCUCCUAAGAAAACUUUUGGCUGGGAAAAGAAAAAUUAAUUAGGAAAAUUAGAAUGACUGUGUAAUCACCAAUUAAUACUGUUUUGGAUUAUCUUAUAUAUAUAUUGGCUUUAUAUUAGCUAGCAAUAUUCAUUUAACAAAAUUUGUAUACUGUUUGAUUAUAUAUAAAUUUUCACAUUUAAUGGUCAUUUGGCCCUAUGGAUUAAUGCCACCCCAUAUUUGAUAUGUUUUAUGUUAAACUUCUUUAGCAGUUGUGCUCAUAAAAUAUCAAGCUAAGAUUAUUAAUUUUGGAUUAGUAACACAUUAAUGUUGAUUAAGAUUAAGAGGUUAUUGGGAAUUGACUAUGCAAUGAUACUGGCUAAGAUAAGCAAUAUUAUGUCUAUGCUGGCCCUAUUUUACUGCUUUUCACUCCAAAUUAUUACAACUCUAAGAAACAUAUAUACGUUUAAGAAAACUCCUUAAAAUUCUUAUUUGUUGGAGAUCAUAUACUGUAUAAAUUCUUUCUUGGCUUGUAGAUUCUCUUCCUUCAUGAAACUUCCAAGAUAUAUUCUGAAUGUAUAAUAACCCUAGGUAUUGAUGAGGAUAGGAAAUCAGGAAAUGUGGCAUAUAUGGCAGAGGUAAUGCAUAAGCAAAGAAGAUUAAUUCUUUCUUUAUGGGUUUUUUUUUGCAGAUCAUGAUUAGAAGCAUUUUUUUGUUUUUGGACCGUACUUAUGUUCUUCAGAAUUCAAUGCUACCUUCUAUAUGGUAGGUACAGUAUUUAAGUAGUAUGUAUGUUGGCAGUGUGUGGAUCUGUUAUUACAGUGUUGGCCAUUAUGCACCUGCAGUGUGUAAUGUGGAUAUAUGGGCUGUAAAAUUGCUAGUAAAACUGCUAGUAAAGGAGUCCUUGUACCUUUACACAGGAACUUGUGGCCCUUCAGAUGUUGUUGAACUCCUAACCCCACCAGCUCCAGUCAGCAUGGACAAUGUUCAGGAAUGAUUAGGAUUGCAGUCCAACAACAUCUGGAGGGGCCCUAGGUUCCACAAGCCUAUACUACUGUCUCUGCAAAAAUAACAAUUUUAACAGGUGAUUUCUGCUCCCAUUUAACUGAUAACCUGCACCCUUAAAAUUCUCUUAGAACUUUAAUAGCUAUGUAGACAGGGCUUCUGUUAUGCCCCUUCUGGUUUCAUAAUCCUAAAACUGCAAGUAAUGCAUUCCUGCCGAUCUAAAUUUCAGCAAAAGGAAUGGUCAUUACAGUGGUAACCAGUUCUCAAGCCAUGCCAGCAUCUAUAGUUGAAAUUAUACUAGGGAGCAAACUUCACACUGUGGAAUAGAAGCAUAAUAUGAUUUUAGGUCUAUAAGAACAUGUAAUGUUAUAUAAAAUCAAAUUGUAAUUAACCUGUUAUAAUUUUACAGGGAUAUGGGAUUAGAACUUUUUAGAAGCCAUAUUAUUAAUGAUAAAUUAGUUCAAACAAAAACGAUUGAUGGAAUCCUGCUGUUGAUUGAACGAGAACGGAAUGGUGAAGCUGUAGAUAGAAGCUUGUUACGAAGUCUGUUAAGUAUGCUGUCUGAUUUGCAAGUAAGUAUAAAAGCCAAAUAUGUACAAUGCUACAGGCAAGUAAACAGACUCCUUUUUGUUCUGCUUUUCUGGAUGGGAAUGUGUAGAAAGUUGAGGCCUUCCUGUCAGUUUGCAUUUCUUAGUGCAGAACGUAUUGAUCUGAUGUGUAGAGAUCUUUCCUAUGCUACUUAAUUCAAGAGGGUGCUGGAAGCUUCUCUCUGUGAAAGAAACAAGCAGAAGGUUCAUGUUGUUUGGGUUAUUCCUUCAGAGAAGCCGAUUACAGCUGGUUUAAACUGGUUCUGUUAUCUCUUUCUGUCAAGGUCAUGCUGACUAUAAUAAUAGGCCAGAUGGAGCCUGGGUUUCACACUUUCUCUUUCAAUAUCUUUUCCUUCUGGUGUGGUGUUCUGUACAUAGUAUGCUUAGUGUUAAGUUGUAGACUUAUUAUAAGUUUGAGUUAAGUCUUCUGUAACUGGAUUUCUUCUAGACAAUGCCAAUCCUGAAUGUACUGGAUUUGUGACCAUUAUGCUCAUUUGCCUUCAAUAGUAGUAAAGCUCUGCUGGAUGAAAUGCCUCUGCUCUAUUUUUUGGGAAUCCUGCAAGAUGUUUAAGUUGUUACUCUGCUAACUAUACAUUGGAAUCUACACUGGAUCAGUAUUUAGUAGACUUUCAGUGACUCUUUCCUCCUCCCACCCCAAACUCUCAGCAAAAGCUCACAGAAAAGAGCUGAAAUUUCCAACUUGGCAUGGUAUUUGUAGUGGUGCUGAUAUGAAAAGACAUACCAUAUCACAUGACCUGCUCAAUUAAGGAGCAACUUGCUUCAUAGUGGGCAUUCCUAUCAUCUCAUUAUGCAGCGGCUAGACUGGUGACUGGGAGCAGCCGCUGAGACCAUAUAACAGCAGUCCUCAAAGACCUACAUAGGCUCCCAGUACAUUUCUGAGCACAAUUCAAUGUGUUUGCGCUGACCUGUAAAGCCCUAAACAGCCUUGGCCCUGUAUACUUGAAGGAGCAUUUCCACCCCCAUCGUUCAGCCCAGAUACUGAGGUCCUCCUCCAAGGAUCUUCUGCUGGUUCCCUCACUGCAAGAAGCGAAGUUAGAGGGAGGCGUACAAUUUGGAUAAAAAAAUUGGCUUCCAGGUGGAAAAAUCAAAAUUGGAAACAGAACUGUUAGAUCCCAAAACUAAGAACUUGUCAAGAAUGUAUAACUUGCUGUUGAAAUGGAAUACUCAGGAUGAAACAGUGAAAUCAACUAUGAUCAAAUGGGCACAAGAUGUAGGACAUAAUAUUAUGAUGGCUGACUGGGAACAGUUAUGGACCACAGGUAUGAAGUUUACGGCAUGUAAUGCCCUAAGAGAGAAUAUAAUGAAAAUGAUCUACAGGUGGUACAUGACACCAGUCAAGCUUGCAAAAAUAUAUCAUUUGCCCGAUAAUAAAUGUUGGAAAUGUAAAGAGACUGAAGGCACAUUUUUUCACCUUUGGUGGACAUGCCCAAGGAUUAAGACAUUCUGGGAGAUGAUUUACAAUGAAAUGAAAAAGGUAUUUAAAUAUACUUUUCUGAAGAAACCAGAAGCCUUUCUCCUGGGCAUGGUCGGCCAAUUGGUGUCAAAAAAGGAUAGAACUUUUUUUAUGUAUGCCACAACAGCAGCAAGAAUACUCAUCACGAAGUAUUGGAAGACACAAGAUCUACCCACCAGGGAAGAAUGGCAGAUGAAGGUGAUGGACUACAUGGAACUGGCGGAAAUGACUGGCAGAAUCCGAGACCAGGGAGAAGAGUUGGUGGAAGAAGAUUGGAAGAAAUUUAAAGUUUAUUUACAGAAACAUUGUAAAAUUAAGGAAUGUUAGAAGGAUGUUGGAAUGAAAUAAUGUGGUUUUAGCAGAAAUGCUAUAAAGGAUUAAGGAAAAAUAGAUUGCUAAAUGGGGAAGGAGGGAAAGUAAAGUUACAUUAUAUUAAGAUAAAAUAGAGGACAAAAACUGGAAAAGAUGGAAAGGAUUUGCUGAAAUUACUAAUUGAACUAGAAUACAAAAAAGGGAGGUGUGAGGAGGUCAAGGAAAUAAGCAAAUGAAAGAUAAGUUAUGGGAAGAUUUAUUGUAUUUUUCCUUUUUUUCCUUUUUUUUCCUUUUUAUUAUUAUUGUGAUAUAUGCUGUUUUUUAAUUUUUUCUUUUUGUAACCCUUUAAAAUUCAAUAAAUAUUAUUUAAAAAAAAGAAGAAGAAGCGAAGUUAGAGGGGAACCAGGCAGAGGGCCUUCUCGGAAGUGGCGCCCACCCUGUGGAAUGCCUGCCCAUAAGAUAUUAAGGAGAUGAGUAAUUAUACAGCAUUUAAGAAGGGAAGCUUUUUAAGGUUUAAGGUUUUACUAUGUUUUUAUAUAUGCUGAAAGUCACCCAGAGUGGCUGGGGCAGCCCAGUCAGAUGGGCAGGAUACAAAUACAGUGGUGCCCCGCAAGACGAAUGCCUCGCAAGACGGAAAACCCGCUAGACGAAAGGGUUUUCCGUUUUUGAGUUGCUUUGCAGGACGAAUUUCCCUAUGGGCUUGCUUCGCAAGACGAAAAUGUCUUGCGAGUCUUGAGAUUUUUCCCCCGCUUUCCCCCCGCCCUUUAUCUAAGCCGCUAAGCCUUUAAUAGCCUUUUAGCAGCUAAUCCGCUAAGCCUUUAAUAGCCGCUAAACCGCUAAUAGCGCUAAUCCGUUAAGCUGCUAAUAGGGUUGCUUCGCAAGACGAAAAAACCGCUAGACGAAGACACUCGCGGAACGGAUUAAUGUCGUCUUGCGAGGCACCACUGUAAUAAAUUAUUAUUAGUAUUAUUAUUAUCACUAAGGCAGUGUUUUGAAGUAGGAACGAAAGUCUUUUUGAACACAGCAACCUCCCAUUUACAUUAGCGUUAAGACACCCCAUUCUGCCCCUUUUUGUGACUUUUCAGAUCACUUCUGGGUUUGGCUCAAUGCACAUGUGCAUGGUUGCGCACAUAUUGAAGUUUUCUUUAAACUAAGCAUAACGUUAACCUUGGUUUUGGGUUUGGACAGCACAUCAUACCAUUAGCUCCUUCACUUGGGAGAGGUAAGGGGGGAGCAUGCGAGGCUGAGAGUCGUUGUGGCUUGUUCUUCCUUAUGCGUGUCACAGUAAAUCAUAUUUUAGUGUGAUUUGUGAAUAACACAUGUUAUGUCCAAACCUGGAGAAACUCUGGUUAGUCUACUUAAAGUUUAGUGGAACAAACCAACUUCAAAUAGCGUAGACUAUGCUUUCUGAUCUCAAACUGUUUUCUUAAACCAUAGUUAAAAUUAACCACAGUUUCAGAUUAGAAUGUAGCAGCAAACCUCAAUUAGUAGAAAGAGGAAGUGAAAGCUUUUGAUUUUCUCUUUGUGCCCAUACUGAAGGAGAAUGAAAAAAGGAAAUGCAAUAAUUUUGUAAAACUAGCUCAAGUGAUAUUCCUUCACUAUUAGUUCCCUAAUUGUAAGUAGGAAUAUUUCCUAUGCCACAGGGUUGUUUGAAGAAUGGAUGAAAUUAGUCUGCAUCUAUAUUGGAACUAUUUUUCUUGUAAAAACAAUGUAAACAUUUAAGAUGUGGAAUUGUUUUUUACACUUCACUUGUUUUAUGGUUGUAGCUAUAUUAUUUGUUUUGUAACUAUAUUUUAUUGUUGUAACCCGUCCUGGGAUCUUAUUGUAAAUGGCGGGUAAGUAAUCUAAAUAAAUGAAUGAAUAAAACAGCCUGCGUUUAGAAGAAAACUGCAUAGAAGCUACGUUUUAUCUUUUAUUGACAAAUUGAUGUACAAUUUAGGCACUAAUCUGAUAAACUACAUUAAUGUGUCUCUUAAAUAGGUUUACAAAGAUGCAUUUGAACAAAGGUUUUUGGAAGAUACAAAUCGUUUAUAUACUGCAGAAGGCCAAAGAUUAAUGCAAGAAAGAGAGGUAUGAAGUUAAACAAAAUGUAGUAGGAAUUGUUCCCAAUAUGAGUUCAUAUGGUUGAGUGGGAGUUGUAUUUGGCAGAAUUGUUCAAUAACUCUAUGCAUAUAAACAAAAAAGUCAUAAUAAUGCAUAGCAAUUACCUUUUGAAACAGUUUUGUUGUUAAAUACUGUAUAUGCUGUAUAUAUAAACAUGGGAUUUUUGUAUAUUUGAGGGAUUACAGCCAAAGGAAAGCAGUAAAAUAGCAUAAAAAUUAUAUAAAGAGCCAAUAAUCUGGCUUCCACGUGACUGUGUUUGAGAACUUAGAUGUUUCCAAUUCCACGCAAAGAAAAUCUCACCUCAGUAUAUAGAGAGACAUUUCUAAAUAUUUAUUUAUUUACAAAUAUUUAUAAAUGUGAUUCUGAAGUUGUGUACAAAAUUUAUAAAACAUGCACUAUUUUGUACCUCUCGUAAAAGAAGCUGAAGUAAUUAUGAAUGUGAGUACUGAGAUAGCAUGUCAGAAGGCAAAAACCUCUCCAGAGAGAGGCUUCUUGUUGACGUCAUGGAUGCCAGGUCAAGGUCAGCAGUGCUGUCCACAGCCUGCUUCUGCUGCAAACUUGCAGAGCUAUUUUUCUGAGAAUUCAACCCUGCAGAUGUGUCUGGACUGAAAGCAGUGUGUGCAUUUCUGGAUUGUUCCUACUGCUGUAAAAAUAAUAAUAUCUCCUCAAUUCUCUCUUUUGGGGUGGGGUGGGGUGAGUAUCUGGCAGGUUAGAUUAAAACUGCCAUUUGUGUAUUUUGAGACUCCUUGCUGCAGUAAUUGCUUUUGGUUCAUAGAAAAAGGACUGGAAUCACAAUGAAUAGCAGUUUUACUUUCUCUUAUUAUUGCUGCCUGUUGUGAAUGAAAGGUGGGGUGGGAUAACAGAAUUACUACAAAUAAAUGAGCAGAGCCAUCAAUGCAUAUAGUUAUCUAUAUGAUUACAUGAGGUAAGAUCAGACGAGCAUAUGGUCAUGCUGUUUUACUAUUCAGUAGCUUUUACACUCUGCUUGUCCUUUUGUAGAACAAAAUUCCCUUCCAAAUAUCUUUUUUUUUUUAAUUUGACAGGUCCCAGAAUACCUUCACCAUGUUAACAAACGUUUAGAAGAAGAAGCAGAUAGAGUAGUGACAUAUUUAGACCACAGCACACAGUGAGUACCUCUUACCUUUUUUCUUUAAUACACAGUUCCUGUUUGCUUUAAAAUUUGGUUCUAUAGAAAACUGUACAACACUCUUUAUAUCUAAAGGGGUAGUGGUGCCACCUUUUAUAAAUUAUAUUUAAAUUAUGUUCUUGAAAUUAUGCUCUUGAAAUAGAAGCAAAAGGUAUUUGGGUAAGCUUAGCAAUGUUUGGAGUUUUAGAAUUCUGUCUAUUACAUAACACUCAAUUUAGAUUAUCUGUUCAUUAAUAAUUAACUUUAAUGAUAAUAUCUGUAAUUGUAGUUACAGAUAGUCAUAGGGGAAGAGCUGUAGCUUAGUGGUAGUGUCUGCUUCCAUGCAUGGCAUCUCCAGGAAGGGAGAGAGAAAACCUUGUCUAAAAUCUUGGACAACUGCUACCAGUCAUUGUAGAUGGACUAAGUUAGAUGGACCUAUGUCUGACAGUGUAAGGCAGGUCUGUGUGUUCCUAAUUAUCACCUGCUUUUUGUUCUGAAAGUUACAAGAGGAGCUUUGGCUUACUGCAGCUGCAAGAUAACAUUUUGCUUUUUGCAAUGCAAGUCUGAUUUACACCUCCUUGUGUUUUUCAAAUGGGGACUGUGAACAAUUUGGCUGCAGCACCAGUUCUGGGGAGCUAGUCAGGGCAAUAAAUAUAAUGCAGCUGAAUAUGGGGAACCGUCAGCACCAGUGGAAAAGCAUCAAGGUAGCAAGCAAGUUAGAAAGCUGUUUGCCCUGACCUCCUUAAUGUGUUAUCAGGCUAUUCCCGCACCACUUUUCAACUCCAGAAAUCUGAAGCUCCAUAGUAAAUUACUUAAUAAACAACAGUAACAAGUAUGCAGGUAGAAAGCCAGCAGAGAUUUGACUUAUCCACUGUAGUGUACCAAAUGUCACAUGUAGAACUAUAUACCUGUUGGCAGGAAUUGUGUUUGUGUGCUUGGUGCAAUCAAUGCAUUCCUGGCAUCCAUGGGACAAGUUUGUUCCCUAGAGGCCAACCAAGGUGGCUGCUCUAGACAAGCUGAGAGGUUAAUAGAUAAGGCCUUUGGGAACAUCUGGCAAUGGCAGAUUUGAGAGAAGCAGGGUGGCUGCUCCUCCGCUGUCAUGGAAGAUGAGUGUCUUUGGCAAGGAAGAUGGGCUUGUGGGCUUCCCACAGACAUCUGAUUGCCCACUGUGAGAACUGGAUGCUAGACUAGAUGGGCUUUUGCUCUGAUGCAGAAGGACUCUUCUUACGUUUGUGUAUCCUUUUCGACUUUCCCCAAGAUCUUUAUUAAUGAAUGCUCAUUACUGAAGCGUUGUAUAUCAUCAUUUCUUUUAAUACUUAAUUUGCUGGUCUGAUUACUCUCAGUUUGGCAGUGAAAUGGGGCCAGCUAUAAAUAAGGUACUGGUUUCUGCAUACUUGAGAGUUAUGCAGAAGUAUACUCGUUUGUAAAUUUCAUGGAAAAAUGAAAACACAGCUGCUAUCUUUGCUCAGUGGCUUCUAGAGCCUAUGAAAUGUUGAAGGUGUUAUUUGGUAGGGGAUUGACCUGCUUGAACUCCUAAAAUCUUUUAGAAGCUUGAGAUAGGAAUUACAACUGAUGUGCACUCUCUCCUCUCUGCACUGCAUGGGCAGUUUUCUGGAAGGAGGAAAGAAAAAAAGGACACACACACCCCCCCUCGUUUUUGAUUUAGAAACUCUUCUAUUACUUUACAACAAUAAUGUGUUCAGGUUUGAGCCUGGUAUCCUGAACCUGAGCCCUUUAAGGAAGGUUUCAGGAACAUGGGACAGGGGAAAAGAAAUACUUGCUAUCCUGAAACUUUUCCUCUUCAUAAAUAAUAGUAGGCUAGAGUACUCCUGUGGGGAGCCAAGAAUAUACCUGGGAUACACUAACGUUCUAUAGCAUAUUGGAGUUCUCAGAUGGUUCCCUCUCAUGGUGAAACAGAGUGCCAUUAUUACUAGUAGGGCAGCAAAAUGGGGCCGCCCACAGACAAGGCAAAUCUGCAGGUAUUCAAGAAAAAGUACACAGGUGAAAAGAGAACUCCACAGCAUAAUUCAGGUGUAAGCCCUUGAUGUGGCAGAUGUCCACUUGCUGUCCUUCAACCUGCUGGACAGUUAAUCUAGAUUCUGUACACACUUUUCAUGGGUGCUUUAAGUAGACAGUAUAACACCACCUACAGAACUUUAUAGUUCUCCUGCUAAGCUCUAUAUACAUUUAGGAUUAAUACAUAACAGUAAGUGCCUUCUUUCUCAUAUUUAAGUUUUUCCUUUUGAUUAGUGUAAAGAUCACGUUGAUGAUUCUACAUCAAGAAUGGCUGGGUUGUUAACUGAAUACUUUUGUUCUGCUAUACUGUCCCUCUGUGUAUGUAGUUAAACAUAGAGUUGGUGAACCUAAGAUUUGUAUUCUACCUACAAUUGUAUGUGCAACCAAGAGUAUACACUUGCACACCUUUUGAAGGCUCUUCAUCCUAAAUUGUACAGGUAUUCAUAGAUUCUUUUUCUUGCCUUAAACAGGAAGCCACUCAUUGCUUGUGUGGAGAGGCAGCUUUUAGGAGAGCACUUAUCAGCUGUUUUGCAAAAAGGUACUUUUUUCUAAUUAGCUUUUUUUUUUUAAGCUGCAUAAUCUGCUCACAUUUUAUGGGAAACUGAAAACAGAUUGUACAGCAGCCUCUUUGGCCUGGGAAAAGCCAUUGGAACAAACAAGUAUUCUUAAAAUAUGAUGGCCAAUACACAUUCCCACACGCAACUGGCAACAAAUAAUGUAAGCAAACCCUUUUCAGAACAAUAAAAGUUAAGGGAUAUGUAUAAAUUUUUCAUAAAAUUGUUCAUAAAACUGGCUAACAUUGUAUGUGAAGGAAUUGCCAGGAAUGUUGGGUCACGGAUAGUUCUCUGAAAACUGCUUAUUUAAUCGCAGACCUCUAUAACUGACAGAGCUCUUUCUUGGUGCUGUAGCAAUAACAGGCCUGUAUUUUUCCAUGAACUAAAAUCCAACAGCUCCUCUGAAAUAUUUUAAAUUCAGCAGGCUGAUAGUUUUGUUAGGACAAGCUGUUGCAAAUCUAGCCCAUUAGAAUUCCACAGCCAAUCCAUUUCGAUAUAGUAUCUUAAAAAUCUAUGUAUAUGAGAGACAGAAACUCAGUUUGUAUAUAAAGCACUUGUCAAUCAUAUAUUCUUUACAGGGAGGGAAAGUUGCAUUGUUUGCAACCACCAUAAUGUCUAGUUGCUGUUGCUUUAAACUCACAGAAAGUUCUGUUCCAUUUUCUAACAAUACCACCUUAUUUAACGUGUUAAUCAUUCUCGUUUUAAGGACUUGAUAAUUUGCUUGAUGAAAACAGAAUAGCAGAUCUCACCCAGAUGUGCCAGCUUUUCAGCCGUGUGAAAACCGGACAACAGCUCCUCUUGCAGCACUGGAGUGAAUACAUCAAGGUAUUUAGAAACAUGCUGUUUUGUUGCACUUUUUUUUAAAAAGUCAAAAAUGAUUUGCUUGAUCUAGAUUCUGAGUAACUUAGAAUUUCAACCAAUUCAUAAUAAAUCCCCUUUUUAUUGAAUAAACAAAAAGAUUGAUCAGAUACUGAAAGCAAGGCAAGUCCUUGAGAAAGUGAAACUUUGCUUCAUUUCAGUUUUCUCUACUCUUCAGCAGCAGUCCUAUCGAAGUUGAAUAUAUUAGUGUACUUUGCAUGUGGAAAAAUAUACCACAGGAUAAGAAGAAAAAAUCCUUCUUUGAACCAUGGCUACUAUAUUUUGCAGUAUUUGCAGCAAUCCACUUAUAAGCAACAAACAGUUUGUGUGGCAGCCACCUACUUCUAGAAGUGCUAUUACUGCCUGCAAUCCAUCCUCAGGAAGGCCACAUUUGCAUAUUGAGAGGGAAUACAAAAGAACCAUGGGAGUAGUAAGCACCCUAAGUGUUAAGCACAAUUUUUCUUUUAGAAAAUCGUAUUCCUGGUGUUUGGAGUGUGGUUUAGCUUCGCAAAGAAGAUCUGCCUGAGGAAAACCUAAACCACCUCAUAUUUAUAAAGAACCUAGGAGUGGUAGAAUUCUUUGAGGGCUUUCUCCUGAUUGGUAGCUAGAAUCACAGAGGCUGAAUUCACAGAUAUUAAAAGACCAGAAGAAUUACCAGGUUGAGAAGUGGAUCACUCAUUAUGGAAGGCUAAAGCUGACAGUAUGUUACCUCUGAAUUUAUGUCGUCAGCUUAACGUAGUGAUUAUUUAGGAGAAAGAAAAAUUAAGUGGUGGGAUAAGGAUGGUGGGUUUUUUUUGUUUUUCGUUUUGUAUAAUUACAUUGCUAUCUAUUAUCUUUAAGUCUGCAGUAUUUUAGCAUUGAGACAUGCUGUCUAAACCACUGAGCCUCUUGGGCUCGCCCGUCAUAAGGUUGGCAGUUCUAAUUUGUGUGGCGGGGUGAGCUCCUGUUGCUUUGGCCCAGCUCCUGCCAACCUAGCAGUUCGAAAGCAUACCAGCACGAGUAGAUAAACGUACCAUUGUGCUGGCAAGGUAAACGGUGUUUCCAUGCACUCUGGCACUCGUUACGGUGUUCUGUGCGCCAGAAGCAGUUUAGUCAUGCUGGUCACAUGACCUGCAAAAGCUGUCUGCCGACAAAGGUCGUAUCUCUCAACCUGAAAGUGGAGAUGAGCGCGGCACCCCAUAGUCAAAUUUGACAGGACUUAACUGUCAGGGGUCCUUUACCUUUUACCUUACCAUUUUAGAAUUAAAGAAAUAAAUAAAAUGUUCAAAAAUAUUCUCAAUUCAAUAGUGGCUUGAGGUCUAAGACUGGAAACUUUUGAGAGCAAUGUAACAAAAGCCAUCUUUGACCAAUAUUAUUUUAAUUGCUAUCACUCCUCCUAACAGCAAACUGGUGGUGAUUGCUGCUGGUGACAGGCAAAGCUGAGCCACCGAGAAAUAAGAGGGAAGUGUUAGCAGGCUUGGAGGAACCCCAAAAUUUGCAGACAUACAAGAGCUAUUUUUAAAAAAAACAACUUAUGGGAACCUUCCAGCCUCUUUCCAGGAUUGACCAUACACAGUAGCCACAGAAUAUUUAGUGUCAGGAAAGAAAAAUGAAAAGUGUGUGUUGUGUGUGUAUGUAAUGCCUUGCUUGAGCUCCUUACAUUUUAGUAUCCCACAGGUGGAUACUAUAGAAGCACUUCAGCUAGGAAAUGAUGUAUACUGCAGCAUGUUGUCAUAUAGCAAUUCUUAUUAAUCAACAGCAGAAUUAUUAGAUGUUCUGAAUAUUUAAGCUGCAUUUGCCUAAAAUGAUGUGUCCCCUGUGUAUAUUUCCCUUCUCAUACAUGACUUACAAAGACUUCACAGUCUGGGAGUGUUGCUAUUUUUUAAAGUUUCUUUUGCAAUUAAAGGUAUGUUUAGAAGCCGCACCCUCCCCCCAACACACCACAGCGUACUAUUUUUCUGAACGUUCCCGAAACAUAUUUUGCCUUUUCAUAUUAUAUAACAGUGAUCUGUGGCUGUAUUCAGACUUGCUGUGUGGCCAUGGGGAGGCAAUAAAAUACUUCAGUUUCCAGUUUAGAGUAAUCUCGGUUUAACGUGUUGUCUGAAUCUCUGGACAAUGGUUAAUCUUGGCUAUGGUUAGUGGAAGCAAACUAGCUUCGUAGUGGUUUUGGAUAGCCCUAGCAAAUUUCAGUUAAAUCAAAAACUGAAGCACAAGCUUCCAAACUUUCCUGUGGUCAUGCUAAGGAAGUGGGGGUGGGGAGAGUAUGCAAGACUGCCAGAAGAGAAGACUUGUUCUUGUAUUACUAAACUAUAGUUUUGUAUUGUGCCUAAACUAGUACUGUACAAACAGAUUUUCUGUGUCAAUUAGCAUCACAUGCUGGAAAAACAUUUAUUAAGUGUCUAUUUUUUUUUAAAAAAAAGUGUGAUUCUCAUGUUUUGGUGUUUUUAAUGUUUCAGGUGCAUUAAAGCAACUGUGAUUUAAAUGAUUUUAUUAUCAGUGUAAAUGGUGGGGGAAUAUUAGGAAAUAAGAGAGGUAAGUACUAUUGACACGUUUGAUCAAAAGUGUUUGUUUUGCAGAACUAUGGGACAACAAUAGUGGUAAACCCUGAAAAAGACAAGGAUAUGGUGCAAGAGCUGCUAGAUUUUAAGGACAAAGUGGAUCAUAUAAUAGAAGUGUGUUUUCAGAAAAAUGAGAAAUGUAUAAACUUGAUGAAAGAAUCUUUUGAAACGUUUAUCAACAAGAGACCAAAUAAACCAGCAGAACUUAUAGGUAUAACUAUUUUUCUGCAAAAAUAUUGUUUCUAAAACUUAUACUGUCUAGGAUUAAGUUGCUAAAUAUGCCAGUGUCCAGCAGUACAAUAUCUAUUCCAUGAAAAUAUUUGCUUGUGUGUGCAUUCUGAUAAGGAUGUUGGCUGCAUUCUUAAGAGACAUGAUUGUUUCCUCUCCUUGUGCAUCUGUGCUUGUUUUUAUUCUGACUGACUGCGGUGCCAUUUGCUCAGAAAACUGCAUGGAAAUUAGAGUGCUGUUACAACAUAGUUUUAUUUAAGGAAGCUCCAAAAGAGGCAGAGUUAACUUUGGUUGUGUUGCUUAUUAUUGGGGUGAUCUGAUGAAAGAGAGAAGCUAGAGCUAUCUAAAGCAGUGGUCUUUCCUAAGGUCUCCAAAGUAAAGACCUCAGGGGGCCAAAACAAACAAACCCAAACACAUGCACACGUCCAAAGAACACAAACCAUAAAACAGAGAUGAUUCAUCCAUGUGUUGCUGGACUCCAAAUCCCAUCAGCUUCAGCCAGCAUGGCUAGUGGUGAUGAGAGUUGUAGUCGACAUCAGGAGAGCCACAGAUUUCCUAUCCCUGCCAUGGAAGUUGUCCCAUUGUCCUCUAAUGCAGGAGGGGUGGGGGGGAACCACAGCCGUCUUAAUAUUGAUUAGAAGUGGGACAUAAAAGGUCUGGUUAAAUUCUGGAUUUGGCAUGAGUUUGUAUUCCCAAAAGCAGUGGAUAUAACAACAGGUAAAAUUCUGGGAAGAGAGAGUUCAGUGGGGAGUAGGCAUGCAGACACUUCCUCUAGUAUCUCCAACACCAGUGCUCUUGCAGUGCUUAUCACAUGUGGGGAGAUAAAAUUCAAGAGUUUUAAUGUUUAACCAGUUUCCCUUUUUGAAAGAAAUGUGAUUUAAUUCUGAUUGUACUCUUAGUUUUAUUUACCCUCUCUGGUAAUAUAUUCUUGAUUGGCUAACUAACUGGGUUAGUUGGGUGGGUGUUGUUAGGAUACUGAGUGUUGUUAGGAUACUGAUGCCACUCAAGUCCCAAGUCUGUGGAUGACCUCCAUUCCGCAGUUUGAUGUGGAUGUUAAAUAGCAUCUGCUGAGUAGCAGGUUCCUGCUGUCUUGAAUUGACCCUCGAGGCAGGAGCAGAACAACUGAAAAACUGUCCCUGCAGUCCUUAACCUGGGUAUCCUACUGCAGAAGUCUUGUGGGACAUAGACUUCAGUUGAUAAGCUUUUGUAGUUUGGCCACAUCUUGCACUUAUUUAUUUUCUUACUUAAUCAUGAACAUUUUAAACCUGCCCCUUAUCAACAAGCGGUCGCAGGUCAGAGUACAAUAAAACAAGUUAAACAUAAUGGUUACAUAAAAAGUGAAUCACAGGGCAUAUGAAAGCCAUUGACAACCAAACAACAUUAAAACAGCAGUAGAAGCAAACACAGACUACAUACAUGACUUUCCCCAAAGAAUCCUGGAAACUAGUUUUUAAGGUUGUUGGGAAUUAUAUCUCUGUGAACUACAGUUUCUAGGAUUCUUUGGAGGAAGUAAUGUGUUUUAAAUGUUUACCCUCUGCUCAGCAUAUGCCAGUUCAAACAAGUGUGUUUUUAGCUGCCUGCCAAAGAUUCAACAGAGAUGGUGCCAGCUAUAUAUUUAGCAUUUACACAACCAGGGUGUCACCAUAGAGAAGGCCCUCUCCUGAGUUACCAUCUAACAAAUCUCAUUUAGCUGCCCUACCGUCAAAAGAGCCUGCACUUAUUUUGCAGCUGGUGUUAGUUUGUGCAUAAAGCAUUCAGAAGGAAACUGUUGUGUCACAAUUUAUAUCUAGAUUGAGAUCUGUGUAGAAAUCUCUUAAGAGCUCUGUAAUAAGGAGUGGAAAAUUAAAUUAUUUUAUUUGCUUUAUUAUGUGCACACCCUGCUCUUUCCCACGGGUUCAGGGAUUUUGCAUGGCUUAUAAGAACUUUAUCAGUAUAUUUAAAAACAGCUUGGUGCUAUCUAUAUCAAGGGGCUUUUGGAUCUGCUUUUACAGUGACUGCCUCUAACAACCAUGAGUAAGGAAAUCAGUGAAAGAAUGAGUUCUCACCUUUUAACAUGCCCUUUUCAUUCUUCCUUUUCAUUCAUUCUACUUCUAAUUGGAGGAGGUGGCCUUUUUAUCUUCAGAUUCAUAGUGUAAUCCUGGGGGCUUUUUUUGGCCAUCAAGCCAUUAGAAACAUUUUAAGCCAUUACAAUAGCUUAGAGUAAAAAAAUAAAUAAAGAAGUUUAGGUCUUUCAUGUAGUAUGUUAAUGUUGAAAAAUUCCCUAACUUAAUAAAUAGUGCGUAAAUAUGUUAGUGCUUUUUAUAUAAAUAUUGAAGCUUUACAAAAAUUAAGAUUACAUGGGUGGGUGUAUACAUAUUCCACUGUAUAGUAAAGAAAGGUACAGAAAGAGGAAAUACUAUUUCAUAGUUUUGGUGAAUGUGUGCAUAUUUUAAAUUUCCCUCUUUUUAAAUUUCUCUCUUUCACACUCUUUUCAUCAGUUCCCCAUAUCUGCCAGUUUACUGCCUCUGUUCACUACUAUUUUAAUUUUAUCACGGCACCUAACCUGUAAUAUUUUUAACUGGUUUUCCUGCUUCACAUUGAACGCUUCAGAUUUUUGUUCUCAAUUCUGCUACUUGUAUUAUUAUUAUUAUUAUUAUUAUUAGCCUCUCUGAUAAUAUCAUUCUCAUUAUCACUAUCAUUGGCUUUCUGUAGAUUUGUAUAUUAAUUUCAAACUGUUUAUUUUACUGUUAAUUUUUAGCUUUGUCUUCAUCUUCAUCAUCAUCAUCAUCACUAUAGUUCUACUAUCUCUGCCACUCUUUGCCCAUAAGUUUCCCUCCUCAUAUUUCCCUCCUCUGAGUCUGGCACAGACUUGGAUUUUUAAAAACCCUGUAAAUAUUGCAGUUUUAUGCACAGACCGGAUUAAUCUCACUGAAGUCAAAUGAAAUGCAAGCAGCCUGCUUGUUUGCAGCAUUGUAACAGGAAAACUGCCACUGCUGCUUUUUUUUGGCUUUUCCUUCAUUUUUGUGUGUCAUAUUUUUAUUAGACUAUAUGUUUUUGGCAUUGAGUGGUUUCUUUCAACUUUUAUAAAACUCGUAGUGUAGUUUUAGAUGUGUUAAAACUAAUAUGUGGAAACCAAAUGAUCCUUCCCACCCCCACCCCCCAAGAUUAGUUUUAAGCUGUUUAUUUUUAAUUAUUUUUAGCAAAACAUGUGGACUCAAAGCUAAGAGCUGGCAAUAAGGAAGCAACAGAUGAAGAGCUGGAAAGAAUCCUUGACAAAAUUAUGAUAAUAUUUAGAUUUAUUCAUGGUAAGGAAUCUCUUUUUAAACAACUGUUUAAAGUGUAUCAUACAUUUCUGCACUGCUGAGUUUUUAACCAAAAUACCAAAGGCUUGAUGCAUGUUGCAGUAAAUGACACUACGCAGUGGUUUCAUGCACUUGAAGGAUAAGAUUGAACUCUAUAGAACUGCACAUUGAAGGAUCCAAUGAUAUUUUAUAGCUAAAGGAAUAGGAAUUGUAGCUCCCUCUACAAACAUUGCACUUCUGACAAGAUCUUUAGCUUCAAUUUUUCUUUCAGCCAUGCACAACACAAUUUUCUGCUACUUGUUUUCAAUAGAAAUGGGGCAGGAACAUUGUUAUAACUUCUGAGAAACCCAACAGACAUGUAGGUUCUGCAACAAGUCUAUAUAAAGCACAUUGGUAGUUUUCACCAGAAUGGGAAAGAAAUAUAUAUGUUAUCUUAAUAAUUGGGGAGGAAGAGUCAAAUUUUAUAUUUCCAGCACUUUUAAACUUGCUGUAUCUGUGGCAAUUUUAUCAGAUCAGUUUGAAAUUUGGCACUUUCACAGGUAGAACGUGUAGGUCAAGUUUUAAGUUAUUUACUGAACAAGUGUCAUUUGUAUAAGCUGUAGUAUUUUGAGGUUUAUAGUGACAGAGUCCCAUGGACUAAAAGAAGAUCAAACCUAUCCAUUCUUAAGAAAAUCAGCCCUGAGUUCUCACUGGAAGGAUAGAUCCUGAAGCUGAGGCUCCAGUACUUUGGCCACCUCAUGAGAAGAGAAAACUCCCUGGAAAAGACCCUGAUGUAGGGAAAGAUUGAGAGCACAAGGAGAAGGGGACGACAGAGGACGAGAUGGUUGGACAGUGUUCUCAAAGCUACCAGCAUGAGUUUGACCAAACUGCAGGAGGCAGUGGAAGAUAGGAGUGCCUGGCGUGCUCUGGUCCAUGGGGUCACAAAGAGUCGGACACGACUAAGCGACAACAAAGUGACAGAAUCUUGCUUCUGCUACUUCCUUUAAAUAUAGGAUUAUUCCUGUGCUUUCUCACAGACAGACAGACAGACAGACAGACAUAUAUAUUCUUAGUUAAUUUUUUUCUUCUGUGGCUCAAAAAAAAGUCACAUCAUGUGCUUUAGUGAUGUUUUUUCUCAUCCUCCUCAACAUUGUCCAUGCAGGUAAAGAUGUAUUUGAAGCAUUUUAUAAAAAGGAUCUGGCCAAAAGACUUCUGGUUGGGAAAAGCGCUUCAGUAGAUGCUGAGAAAUCUAUGUUGUCUAAGCUUAAGCAUGGUAAGCAUUUGUGAAUUUGGUUCCUUCAGUUACAAGUUUGCGCCCUUAUAUAGGGGGAAAUGGAACAGGUUAGUCCUUUUGGAAAUCUAUGAUGCCAAACAAAUGCACAUUUUUUAAAAAUCUCAUGUUUGGUUUGCUUUACACCUUCUGAAGAGUUUGUUACCUUCAUUGUGUGCCUAAAUUGACAGUUCCAGUUACAGCAUCCAUAUUACUUUUUUUUGUUUUAUGUAACAGAAUGUGGUGCUGCUUUCACCAGUAAACUGGAAGGAAUGUUUAAGGAUAUGGAACUUUCAAAAGACGUUAUGGUUCAGUUUAAACAGGUAAGAUUUCACUUCAGUUGGAUAGUUCAGUGAAAUUUUGAGCUGGUUUGAUAUGACUAGUUUCAGACCGGAUAAAUGAUGGUUUAGCAUAACAGAAAUGAGCUGCAAAUGAACAUUGGACUUGAACACUUCCCACCCCCACCGAAGACCUCUGGCACAGCCAUGAGUAGAUCAGAAGCUUUCAUUUUUCGUUAACUGCAGUUUAGUGUUUGAUAUGAACCCUAAACUGUGGUUAAUUUUAACUGAAGCUUCAUAGCUCUUGAUUUGAAGUUGGCUUGUGUCAAACAAAUCACAGUUAAGAUUAACUACAUUUCCCCUAUGUUUGGACAAAACUAUAAGCAAAAUCUUCUGAACUCAUCCUUGCAGCUGUGCUGAAAGAAGAGAGAGGAGCAUUUGCAAAUAUAGUGGGUUAUUUUGUCAUUUUAAAAUCCAUGCUAAUUACUAGUUUUGUAGAUUAUAAAGUAAUAUUUCACGCAGAACAUAACUUAUGGAAUAUGCUGCCAUAAGAUUUGUCAAUCAGUUGAAUUCACUUUAACUGACACAGAUAUAUCCUAAUGUAUUAUUAGGAAUUGGAAAUGUUGCAUUAUUUAAAAACGUAGAUGCAUCAAACUUUGAUUUUGAAAUUUAAUACUUCAAUAGGUAAAAAUGCAGGUCAGAAUUAGGAAAGUACUCACACCUCAACAUCACUUCGAAAUAGUAUUUUAAGUUCCUUAUUGAGUUUUAAUAACAUUACCAUGCAAGUAGAGUAUCACUGAAUUCAACCUUUGUUAAAUAACAGUUUUAAGUCAUUUUUUCAAUGAUUAAAUUCAAUUUUGCUGUAAAUAUUGGUGAAAAUUGCUACACUAUUUGAAUAAAGUUGACAUUUUUGUAGAAAAUAAUCAUCAUCAGCAGCAGUAGUAGUGAUUUCUUUCCUCCUUCCUUCUUUGUUCCCUGGCAAAACCUCUUAACUCAUUAACAUGAUUGAAAAUCCUUUUCUUUCUUUUUUAUCAUAGUACAUACAGAAUCAAAAGGACCCAGGGAAUAUAGACUUAACAGUAAAUAUACUUACAAUGGGAUACUGGCCAACUUAUACACCUAUGGAUGUCCUUUUGCCUCCAGAGGUAAGUCUUCAACUACACUUGAAGUAUUGGGACAUCCCUCCCCCCCCAAAAAAAAAAAAUUAUUGAUGUUCACUGGUUUGUUGGAUUUGAUCUCUGGAAGCUCAUACAUUGUGAUUUACACAUGCACAAACCAGAGCACAGACGCUUUCAGUGAUUUUUGGUGAAAGCUGUUCCGUGUCAUUAGAUCAGGUAUUUAGUCUUGCAUGCAUGUGCUGACGGACAAGCACUUUUCCAUAUGGGGCCCCGAGAAGUGACUCUAGUCCACAUUGCUUAAAUUUUUUGGGUUUAGGAGGCCUAAUUUGAGUAGCACAACUCAAAUGGAUUAAUUUUUUGUUGUAUAUAUUUCAACAAUCCCAAAGUCUGAGAGUCAGUAGCACAGAUGCUGUAAAGGUGUGGUGAUCUGUCGUGGAACACCACCAUUGGAGAAGAUAGCCAGGGUUACUCAGACCUCAUUGCUGGUUGCCUCAUGCUUCAGGGCCCCCAAACUGUAGCUUCACCACUGCUCUAUAAGGAAGUGUGUGGCUCCUUUAGAUGCUAUUGAUCCCACCACCAGGGGUGACCAGAGGUGUUUUGGCACAUGAGGCAAAGCAUCCCACAAUGCAGGGACUGGGAGCAACCUCCGUAAGGACUCCUCUGUGAGAUGCCCUUGCAGGGUCUCCCCUGUCAUGGUGGCGGUGAGAUCCUUUCUGGAUUUCUCUCUCCCACCUGGCAGCGAGGCUUUAUUCCAGCUUCUCCAGGUGGGGGUGGGAAAAUCUCCCUCGCCCGCCCAGCAGCAAAGCUGGAUGGUGGAAUGUCUCCCCCCUCGCCAACUCUGGAGGUGGGGGUAGCAUUCCUCAAAGAUUGCUUCUGGUCCCUCUCUGCCCCAGAAGCCAAGGAGACUGGCUGCAAAGAUGACCAGUGGAACAAGCAUGCCAUCCCUUGGGGGUGCCCCUUGGGGUGGUCGCCUCAUCCCACCUUAGGGUUGGGUCAGGUCAGGUCUGCCCAAGUCUGCUUUCUCCCGAAUGAAGUGAAGAGUGUUUGAGGGAUGUUCGCAGGGAAACCAAAAUACUUGCUUACAAAGCUGUUGUACUACCAACCUUACUGUAUGCUUGUGGAAACAUGAGCCACUUAUAAACAACAUCUCCAACUUCUCAAAAGAUUCCUUCAAUGGUGUCUCUGAAAAAUUAUAUAUAUCACUUGGGAAGACAGGCGAACGAAUGCCAGUGUACUGGAAGAAGCAAAGAUCACCAGUGUCAAAGCAAUGAUUCUUCAACAUCAACUUCGUUGGACUGGUCAUGUUGUUCGGAUGCCUAAUUAUCACCUUCCAAAGCAGCUACUGUAUUCCAAACUUAAAGAUAGAAAGCAUAAUGCUGGUGGUCAACAAAAGAGGUUUAAAGACUCUCUCAAGGCAAAUCUUUAAAAAUGUAGUAUAAACACCCAACAAUUGGGAAACGCUGGCCAGUAGUGCAGGGAAUGCACAUGGUAAUUCUUUCUAGGAUGCAAUAACUUCAGACUGCAGGGGGAGAGGUUGAAUACAUGAAUGUACUCUCAUGUUGAAAGAUUCCUGAAUGUGAAAACUAUUCUAUCUGGCCUAUAAUACCUUGUUCCUGAAACUUUUUGCCAUGGGAGCAUGCAGACAUCCAGUCACCCCAUGUGUGCAUAUGUAAGCACAUAUUCGUACAUAUGUAAGCACAUCAUGAAUCCUAAAGUGAAGUAUCCCCAGGAGUAAUGGGUUGUGUGUUUUCGCUGAAUGCAGUAGUUCUGCAUGAAAUAUAGGGGUGCUAUAACAAAAUACACCUUUCAGUAUACAGUGGUACCUCAGGUUAAGUACUUAAUUUGUUCCAGAGGUCCGUACUUAACCUGAAACUGUUCUUAACCUGAAGACCACUUUAGCUAAUGGGGCCUGCUGCUGCUGCUGCUGCGCCGCCAUGCGAUUUCUAUUCUCAUCCUGAAGUAAAGUUCUUAACCUGAGGUACUAUUUCUGGGUUAGUGGAGUCUGUAACCUGAAGCGUAUGUAACCCGAGGUACCACUGUACUUUUAUCUACUUACUUCCACCCCUUAGAACAGGGGUGCACAACCUAUGGCCCUCCAGAUAUUUCUAGACUACAACUCCCAUCAGCCCCAACCAGCAUAGCCAGUGAUCAGGGAUGGUGUGAGGUGUAGCCCAACAUCAUCUGGAGGGCUGCAGGUUGUGCACCCCACCUUAGAGCCUACUCAAUUCUGAUUUAACAAUUUUUAAAGCCAAAUGUAAGAUCCUGGAUAAAUGCAGUGUAUCCGCAUGUUUUUCAAAACUGAUAAAGGGCUGUUGAGUUCUUCUCGCCUAGUCAUUCAUAUAUUAAUGGGAUGUUCAAGGAGAGUAUUCAUUUCUAUGCCACAAGCCGAUAUCCUGCAGUUGGAACAAAUCCUGCAAAUUGUACAAAUUUGCAUUCUUUGCUUGGUUUUCUGCUUUACUUAUAGACACGAAUGAAUACAUGAAAUGUUACUUGUAUUUAGCUGCCAUUUAUGCCUGGAUUAGUGUGUUUGCCUGGAUUUAUUUUUCUUAUUCUUAUUAUUUCUUGUAUUUCAGAUGGUUAAACUUCAAGAAGUAUUUAAGACUUUUUAUCUUGGAAAGCAUAGUGGUCGAAAACUUCAGUGGCAAACUAGUUUAGGACAUGCUGUCCUGAAAGCAGAAUUUAAAGAGGUGUGUUUGAAUAACUUAAUCUUUGCUAUCUUUUCUCUUCUACCCCCUCUCCCAUUUACAGCUUUCCCAAACCCUCCAUUUCCCUUACGCAUAGCAGCCCGAGGGGUGGUGUCUGUGUGACUCUGUUGCUCUUCUGGUUUACCAGUACCCCAAGUUGCUGCUGCUUAUUGAGAAGAAGCACAAGGCACAAGGAACUCAGUGCAGUGAAUCAGGGUCAACUCUGCCACCAUGCACCAAGCUCCACACACUACUCACUUUCCUUCUUCAAUAAGCCGCAGUGACUCAUGGUGUUGGGAAGCCAGGAAAGCAACAGAGCCCCAGUCAUGCUGCCUCACCAGCCACUACACACUUUGUCCCCAAAAAUGCUUCUUGGUGGCAGAGGUAGAGGAGGACAGAUGCAGCAGCAGUAUAGUAGGACUGGAGAGUGGUUGCUGGUGAGCUGGCCUGGCCUGAAAGCUCCUCCAUGGAUUGCCUGAGCUGCCUGUCCUGGCUAGUUGACUGCUGGCUUUAAAAAGCUCCCCUCUAUAAAAAGGUCAACAUGUUCUGGCAGCUUUUUUUCUAGAAAAAGAGCCCUGGUCAUACAUAAAAGAAAUUCACACUUCCAGGAGCCAGAAGGAUUUUCAGAGGUUGAUGAUCAGAAACAUUUUAUGCUACUAGUUGCCUGCAUUGUAUAAGAGCAGUUGUGGUCAAAUAGGUGUGAAAGAGUACUUGCACUUAAUCUGUGGAACAUAAACACUAGUUGUUUGGUGAACAUUGGAGCAUUCACAUUAAGCAACAUUCUAUGAGAUUUUUUAUCAGUCCAUAUAUAUUAUGCUGCAACUUUGAGUCUGAUUCUGCUGUGCAAGCAAAAAUAUAUUGGUAGUCUUCUUCUGAUUCACGUGAUAUUUUUAUCUUUUCUCUAUGCAUGGUGCGGGAAUCAGAUUCUGCCUUCCUGCCAUGAAACUUGCCUAUCUUGCUUGUGCAGACAUUUAGAGUUCAGCAUUUAGAAUUGGAUACAUGUAGAUCUGAAGCUUAUGGUCCUUCCAGAGAUUCAUUUGAGAAAAAAUUAGCCAUAGAUUUUAUGUCACUUUAUCCUGUUAAAAUACUCCAUCUGUGUACAGAUGUUGAGAAGUGUCAGGUGGAAUCUUGCUCCUUGGUUGCACAUAGAGUCAGGGAGUGUACUGUUUGAACUGAGCCAAUGACUUUUGGCAUUCUGUUUGGAACUAAGGAUGGAAAACAUGGUGUGGUGUAGUGGUUAAGAGCGGUAGUCUCGUAAUCUGGGGAACCGGGUUCGCGUCUCCGCUCCUCCACACGCAGCUGCUGGGUGACCUUGGGCCAGUCACACGUCUGUGAAGUCACUCAGCCCCACUCACCUCACAGAGUGUUUGUUGUGGGGGACGAAGGGAAAGGAGAAUGUUAGCCGCUUUGAGACUCCUGAAGGGGAGUGAAAGGCGGGAUAUCAAAUCCGAACUCUUUUUCUUCUUCUUCUUCUUUUGGAAAUAGCAGAGGUGGGUUUUGGAAAUUCCUAGGCUGAAUUUCACUUUAGCUCAGAAUGGUUUAAUGCCAAACCUGUCAUCCAUCAGUUUCCUUCUUCCUGCCUUUUUAACACAAAGGGAGCAACUCAAACCCAAGAUCCUCCUGAAUGAGGGGAGUUUAGAAUAGUUGGCUCUCCAGCAUAGAGCCUGCUCAUCUGGAGAUACAUUGGCAUAAGUCCUUUAUCCUGGCUUAGCCAAGGCCUAAAGAUAUGGUAGAGUAUGGCAGGUAACUUAACCCAUUCCAGUGUUCAGCUUAUGUAUAUUACUUGUUUGUAAUCGUUCUGUCCACCUGCAGAUAAAUGACCUUUGGUAAAGAACAGGGGACAGCUUCAUUAACAGUUAGGCUAGUGUGUGUGUGUAUGUGUGUAAUGUUAUAAAUAUAAAUAUUUUGUUUGUUUUAGGGCAAGAAGGAGUUUCAGGUGUCACUCUUCCAAACCUUAGUGCUUUUAAUGUUCAAUGAAGGAGAUGAAUUCAGUUUUGAAGAAAUUAAAAUGGCCACUGGUAUAGGUAUGUAAUAGUUUUUGAAAAGAUAGGUAUCUUGUGGAUUUGAUCUGGCAUAAAUGUGAUCGGAUUAAAAUACAGUGGUACCUCUGGUUGCAGACGGGAUCCAUUCCGGAGCUCCGGUCAGAUCCUGAGUUUUCUGCAACCGGAAGUGCCUGUUUUGCACACACAUGCGGCGCGGUAGAGUGCUUCUGCGCAUGCAUGCCUGGCGAAACCCGGAAAAAUACUUCGGGGUUUGCCACGUACGUGUCCUGAAGGAUACAUAACCGGAGGUGAACAUAAGUAGAGGUACCACUGUACAGGAGAAUGACUUGUUACAAGAGCUUUAUUAAUAGAGGUAAACAUGAAUACAAAGAGAUACCAGUACUACAUGUUACUACUGUUGUUUCAGAAUAUAUUGUGGAACACAUUUAGGCUGCAAAUAGCGGUUUUUCCAAUAACUGCUUAUGACAUACAGGAUGUAGUUGACCCUGGGCUCUGAACUGAAUGGAACUCUGAACUGAAUAUUGUACCUAUGGAUUGCACUGCAUUAUGGUAGCUGGCAAUUCCCUCAUGCUUUUUUCUAUACUUAAGCACAGAAGAAAACCAGGGGAGGCACAUGGAUCCACAAUAGUACUGCUGUGUUUCCCCAAGCAAACUACUAUGGUAGUUGUACAGUGGUACCUCCGGUUGCGGACGGGAUCCGUUUCAGAACUCCAGUCGGAUCCCGAGGUUUCCUCAACCGGAGGGACCGCUUCUGCACAUGUGGCGGCAGACUGCUUCUGUGCAUGCUCACGGUGUAGUAGAGCAUUUCUUGCUCAUGUGCGCGGGGUGAAACACUUCCGGGUUUGCCGCUUUCGCUAUCCGAAGUUUACGUUACCCGAGGGUAACGUAAGCCGAGGUGCUACUGUACCUGUAUAUGGCAGGCUUAUAUUUCACAGUCUUCUGCACUAUAGCAGAAGGGAGGGGGACAGAAGCAGUUUGUAAUAUGCUGUUUGAUAUCCUGAUCUCCUAGGAUAUUGUUAACUCCCCUAAGCAAGUAGAUAUGUGUAAAUUUUCAGGACUGAACUAGAGCAAUCUCUACCUGCCCCUAUCUCAACACUUUUCCAGCUCAUUUCUUCUUCAGUCUGUGCUUUGUGGCAAUUGAUACAGCAAUUGUAAACAGUUUUCCACUGUGUGUUUGCAUUUUAAACCCCUUUCACAGAGGACAGCGAAUUAAAAAGAACCUUGCAGUCUCUGGCCUGUGGUAAAGCAAGAGUGCUGAAUAAAAGUCCAAGAGGAAAGGAUGUAGAAGAUGGAGACAAAUUUGCCUUUAAUGGUGAUUUUAAGCAUAAAUUGUUCAGAAUAAAGAUCAAUCAAAUCCAGAUGAAAGAAACGGUAUGUAUUCGAUGCGGACAGCUCUUUGGAAUAGUCUGUCUAUAGUGCGGUGGUGUUUGGGUUUAACCAAGAGAGGUUAAGACAUGUAUGAAAAAUGUGCUGUAUUCUCAGCUCUGAAUAGAAGUGCUUUUGUUCCGGGCUCAACCAAGUAUUGUAGUAUUAGACUCAGAGAGGGGGGUUGUUUUGAGGGGUAAAAACUAAACAUUUGACAUGGUUAUGGAUUCAGCCAGUUAAAUUUGUAGAUAAUUUGUAAAUAUUUAUCUGACCUUUAUUUUCAGUCAUACCCUGUGCUGCCUUUCCUUUCUGAGAGGCAAAUUUACAUGAUGCAACCAUUAGUUGACUUUUGUUUCACUCUUGACUAAUCCCCCAAUUCUUUUGGUAUAGAUCCUCUCUCCAUACUAUCAAUUAAGUAUAAUUAACCAAGUAAUAUGCAUGUAUGUAAGCACGUGUGUGUUUGUGUGUCAGGGUAAUUGAUGCAUAUUUUUCAUACUUGCCGUACAGGUCGAAGAGCAAGUCAGCACAACUGAAAGGGUGUUUCAAGAUAGACAGUAUCAGAUUGAUGCAGCUAUAGUACGAAUAAUGAAGAUGAGGAAGACACUCAGUCACAAUCUUCUUGUUUCAGAGUUAUAUAAUCAGCUAAAAUUUCCAGUAAAGGUGAGUGAAAUAUUAAUGUAUAAUACAGUAAGGGAGAGGCAAAAUUGGGAGCACAAUUAUGGUAAAAUUACUGUGAUCACAGAAUACAUUAUCGUUUUCAGAGUGUUGUCUCAAUCUGUCUGUCUCUCUCUCUGUCUGUCUGUCUCUCUCUAGUAUUUUAUUUCCUUUGUCCUUACAUUGCUAAACAGUGUCAACUUAUUCUCUUAUUACAGCCUGGAGACUUGAAAAAGCGGAUUGAAUCUCUCAUAGACAGAGACUAUAUGGAGAGAGACAAAGAUAACCCUAAUCAGUACCACUAUGUUGCAUGA